AUGGGAAGAGGAAAGUACAAUCAGCAGCCAUGGGUAAAGGACGAGUCCUAUUACCGUGUAUGGCCAGGUGCUUAUUCGCCGCCCUCGCAUCGAUCGCGGCCUUCGUGGCAAGCGAAUCAAGGGCCGGUCUUCCCCAGCUACAACACCAUCGAUCUCACGCAGGAUGCCACCGGGGCAGCGGGUGCCGAUGGAGCAGAUGGGAGGCCACCGGACGAGGCCAACGCAGGUUUGGUUCCUACACUGCAGACGGCCCUCAAUCAGACACGCAAGGCCGAGCAGAAAGUGAACAAGCUCAAGAAGGCGAAGCAGACCGGUGCGGCCAAGUGGAAGCAGUACGAGGCCUCCCUCAAGGCGACUUUUGCCCGGGAGCGUGGCCGCUUUGCCAAAGACCAGGAGCGCAUGGCAAAAGAGAUCGUCGAGGCCGAGGCAGCACAGGAAGAAGCCCGCGGUGCUCUUCGACAGGUCUUCAUGCAGGAGCAGGGCCAGCCACAGGAUGUGGCGAUGGCCGAGCUGCCUUCAGUCGAUCAGGUCUUUGCCAGCUGGGAGACAGAGGAUCAGUCGGACUAUGGGGCUGUCCUUCGCCGCGCCAUGGACAGCCGAGGGCCAGGAGAAAUGACUCCAGCCAGGUCGGUACACGUCGCACCAAGGACACCUGUUCCUGGACAUGCUCCUCCCCCUGGCAUGUUUCCAACGCCCGCUUUGAGAUCGCCAGUACCAGUGAUGAUGGAUCCGUACCUGGCAGCUUCCUACAUGUCGGGUGCUAUUCCUCCGGGCUUUGGUCCGCCGAUGCUGCCAGUUCCGGGCCCUGGACAUGCAGUUUCAGGGGACAUGGAUGUGGCAGGUACGACCGGUCCACCUGCUCAUAUGCCUCCUGGUGGCGGCGGGGGUCACAUGGUCCCAGCACCAGCUGUGGCACCUCCUGCUGCACCAACCACUGGAGCGGAUGCCACACACAAUGGAGGCUAUGGACCCAGCCCGUCCUUGGGAGACCGUCUUCGGCGUCGACGUGCGCUGGAGCCUUUUGGUGGUCAGCGAGACCGCGGGCCGUCCAGAGCGGAGGAGACGACGGAUCCCGUGCCAACGGGUGCCAGACGUCUCAACAUCCUUGCGGACGACGAGGACGAAGAGGAGAACGAGUCCGAAGAAGGCACGGGAGAUGACCCAUCUUUCCUGUAUGCUGGAUUUCUGCCUUCCUCCAACGACAGUCGCAUGGAUUUUGUCUUCUUCGGCUCCGGCUCCCUCCUUGCCUUGGAGGACCUGGUUUUGGUUAUGCUGCUAGACCGGUUUGUCAAGCGCCUAACAGUCGUAUCGGUGGCUCUGGGUCGACGGCUGACAACCGGUUUAUGCAGCCACGUGCACAGCGGUGCUGCCCACGAGUGGGUUCUGAUGGCACUGAUGCCUUCGGACGGCGCAGACUUGGCUGUCCAAAUCAGCCAUCUGAAUGACAAAGCUUGCUAUGUGCUCUGGGUUGGACUGUUUUGCCUUGCGCUGCUUUGGUUCUGCAGUGCAUCCAGCAGGCUGAGUCGAGCCUUUGCUCCUGCUCUUCGUCACAUCGCCACCGUGCUGUGCCUCAGGUUCCGGGUGAGCCCCACAGGCUCGACCAGGCCCGAGCUUCUCGGACCAUCUGUGCUCAGUGCUAUGGUCCAUGCCAGCGACCUCAAGUCAGUGGUUGCCUCAGCGGCCUUCUUGUUUGGUCUGCAGCUUCUUUUGCGUGUGGAGGUCGACGUCGGGCAAAUCGGCUGCUAUGCCUUCCUGCUGGCCUUGUCUUUACCGGAAGCGGUUGAGGCGCACUCAUGGAGCAUAACAUCCUUGACCUUGGCUGCCACUGUCGUCCCCUGGUUUAAAGGAUACGCGUCCUUUGUCCGCGUUGCCAGUGCGAUCCGUCCACACGAAAACCACGGCGGUGUUGCCGUAGUCCUUGACCUCACACAUGCCGGUGGCAGAUACUUUGCGACGGUCCUGCCACCACGCUUGGACUAUGAGGCAUUGGUUGCUUUCAUCACACCGCUCACGCAUCAUAGUGACCACCCGCUCUGCCUGCACGUUGGGGCGCGGGCAGACCCCUGGCCCUAUAACAUGCCCGUUGAGCUAGUAGACGGGGAUGUGAUUACGGCCUUGCAUGGUUUUGAUACCCGGGUGUUGCAGGUUUGCGUUGAUAGUCUCUUUGAGCCGGGUGCAGAAUGGGGUGCCGUUGAACAUAUGCCCACUGUUGAGUUCACUGCGGGCGUGUGUGCCCUGUACGGCAACACAAGGUACUUCAUCCCUCCACAUCACCAUUAUGGAGAGACUGUUAUUGAAGCCAUCGCGCGGUUUGUUGCCCGCCCUGCUGCAGAGCUCACAUACUGCUCCUUUCAGAUCGAUGAUCUAGAGGUGCAUGGCGAUCAUGCUUCACAUGCCAUCCUUGUCAUUGAUGCGCCCAACCCUCAAGGGGCCUCUGCCUUACACGCGGCCAGGAGAGAUGUCUUCGUGUUCUGUGACCUGCGUCCUUUGGGUUUGAAGCCCAGGUUCAUAUGCACCCACUGUCACGUCGUGCAUCGACCAAGGCUUCUCUCGGCCUUCGACCUGCAUGUGCAUCCGGCUUAUCGGGUUGAGGUUGCAGGAGGGGUGCAACAAGGCGAGGACAUCCAGCUGCGCGGUAAUGAGUCGCUUCUCUUCUACGCACGCAAGGCACGCAGUGGUGAGAUCGCCAUGCUAACAAGGGCAGAUACUUCAGAGUCAGACAGCUCCUCCAGCUCUUCCAGUCAAGUACGGUCUCGAGAAUCCCGUUCUGCCGAUUCUCCACCCGCCUGGGAUGGUCGGGAAGACGAAGCCGAAGUACGGCUUGAGGUACCUGCCCUAGGUGCGAGUGUACGUCCUCCUGAUGAGAGUGUUAUUUUGCCGUCCCAGCAAGGGCCUGACCCCAUUGUAGAGCGGGUAGCAGCACAGGUUUCCACAGAGCAGGAGGGGUCUGCCCGAACAGGCCUGUCACCCUCCGGUGGGGAGGUCUCUACUCUUCGCUGCCAUGCUGCGCAAGAUGAUGGGAGCAUCAGUUCGACGCCCACCGCAGCUGGGCUUCCAGCGCCAGCAGGUGUUUUGCAAGGGCAUGCAGCGAGGCCUCAGGUGCCCUUCCACACCGAGCCGCAGGCCUUGGCGGGACCUGCGCCCACCUUGGACGCUCUUCCAGCUGAAGCGGGCUGGAUCCCUAUCCUCGUUGCUGUCUUCGUCCCGCAAUACGUUGCUGAGUUGUUUGAGAUCCCACUGUGUCUGCCAUGUGGGGUUGAACAUGCGCUUGCUGCCAUAGGGGACUACCGGACGGCAUCCACCGCACAUCAUUUUCCCCAGCUCUUUGUUGCACAGCCUCAUCCAGUUGGGGAUUUCGCAGUUGUGCUGGCGGGUCCAGACUGGAACUCUGGCAAGGUCGUAGUCCUUUUUGACUGCCGACAAGUUAACGCGACUUUCUUCUCUGCGUUUGUCCAUCCAGUCCUCAACAGAGAAUCCCUGCUCAUCGCUGCAGGUUUCCAGGCUACGGAUGGCCACCAGCUCUUUGUGCAUGGAUUACUCCAGCCACUCCGGGCAGGCCAGAUUAUAGACUUAAUUUCCGGUAUGGUUAUAGUCUGUGUGCCAGCAGGACACCGGCCGUCUGCGAUGUUUGACUUUGCAACCAUGCUUCAAAGUAGCAGCGACUGGAGUCUUCGGGCAGCGGUGCCAGGUCUCGGUCAAGCCCCAGGGACCUUUUUCCACAUACUCACCGAUGGUGGGUCACAGCGCUUUACUGUUGCGCAGGGCAGAAGACCACAUUUUCGCAGCGAUCUCGUGCGGCAGCUGAGGGCCGACGACGCGGCCCUGACCAUCAAGCCUACCCAUCCCCGUAUUCAAAAUCAUUUCGAUCAGGGAUACAUUUCGACCCAGGUUUUGGUUGCCACUGAAAGGCUAUCACGCCUCCCCUGUCCUCCCGCCCGGACACCCGAAAACCGCUUGAUUGUGGUGCUUGACUGUCGUCGCAUCCUUCAAGGGUUUGAGUGGAGGCUGCUGGCCAGUGCUGUUGUGCCCCUGCAAGAUUUGGAACGUUUCUACCUCCGACUCUGUCCGGCAGGGCGGAGUGUUGCCAUAUGGGGGGCACCUGUUGAAAAUACAGCGGCAGGGCCAAUGCUCCGUGUCACUUCUGGGCAGGUUCUUACAGUUGAAUAUGUGGAAGACGUCCUCAUGGAUGAACGUACGGAUUCCGGGCCCCCUGGGGACGAGGGUGGCUCCUCUGGGCCAGAGUCAGAUCCAGCAGGGGGGCCAGAUGGCGAUACAGGCGGCCCUUCGACUAGACUGCGCAGUCGGUCACCUAGGACCACCGGUAGCGUGCCCUCACCAGGUGGCGCGGCUCCUCCUGACGAACAUCUGUUCCCCAGUACUGGCGCAUUAGCGGGUGCGGUUACCUCCCCCGAUCCUAUGCCCACCCCGCUUUGCUUCGGAGUGCUUGCGCCUGAUUUUUCAGUUGAGACCGUUGCUCUGCAACUGCAGCUUCCCCAGUCUGUAGACACGGUGAUUCGAGCAGUCCAGGCUUGUCGCAAUCCGGAUCUUGCACGUGCUUUCCCGGUUCUUACGCCAGUCACUGUGCAGCCAGAUGCUCGGUGGGGCCUUUUGCUGGCCACCCCCCAGUGGUCCGAAGGCGCGGUGUUCAUCUGUGUUGACCUUUAUGCGUGGCAGCAACGCCUUUUCGUCAUGCCGUCCCCCCCUACUGUUUCAGGGGCCUUCCUCCAGGAUGCAGCAGACCUAGGGGAUCAGGCACAGGUCCACAUUUUCGUUGGAGAUCAGCGACCAGUGGGGCCGCACGAAGAGGUUACGUUGGACACCGGGUCUGUUGUCCGCAUCUGUGCCAGGUCGAUGUCACCUCCGGAGGCAUGGUCGUUGACAGACAUGUUGGCCUCUGAUCUGCCUUGGGCCGCUGGCCCGGCUUUUCCAGUUGACCACACGCGCAACACGUACGGUCUUGUCACCACGAGUGGUACUGAGGUGUUUCAGCUGGAUCCCAGCCGUUCAUGGCACUACCGUGAGGAUGCUGCUCGUCUCCUCGACUGCCCACCAUCGGAACUUCUUCUUCAGCCAGGCAUCCCUCGCCCAGUCAAUGUCAGCCAAUUGGGCAGAGUAUGUCAUACUGUUGUUGCUGCCAUUGCAGUUGGCAGCCUUUCCCUCAGCAGCCGGCCGAUUGUUUGCCUCCUUGACGCAAGACGUGUGUUGAAAGGUUGGAUUCCACUUGUCACUCUUGACGGAUGGCUUGAUACCUUUCCCCCCUUGCGGGCCCUACAGCAAGGCGUCCCAGCACCAUGGCGUGUUGCUUUCAGUGGAGUACCAGUCGAUCAACAGUGGCUCCAUACCGAAACAGGCUGCAUCCUGACUGCCUACUGCUUCCGCGGUCGCUCUGACCUCUAUACACUUUCCACACGCACCCCUCCCGAUGACGAUCUUGACCCGUCCCGAGGUUACGAUACUGAUCCAGGGAGUUGGGAUUGUUGGCUCGGCGACGAUCAGCCCCCGUCGCGAUCAGAGCCGAGUCGUGGCAGCCCAUCGGCUACCGGACCCCUUCUACAGAGCCGUGUCUCACAGCUGUCACCGUCAGCCACAGUCGAAAGAUCCUUUGGGGACCAUGCAUCCAAAAGCAACGUGAUGUACAUGUGGCAGGAGAGCCUUUCGAACCAUGACGCCCACCCUCUGGGCAGGUCUCCUUCUACCUCUGUUUUCCAGGUUGUGCUUGCAGAGUGCAUAGCUGGCCUUCUGUACCUUGGGAUCCUCUGUGUCACUUGUCACUGCCUCCUUCCACACCUAUUCCUGCGAUCGGACACCGGCAAGGAUGGAGGGAUGACGUGUCUCACAGUUGCCACGGUUGUCCUCGCGCUUGCAGGCGGGGAAUCAGGAGUGCGUCGACGUUCCCUGCACCUUUCUGCUCUGGUGCUUCUGGGCUUCUGUUUGCAAGGCGCAACUGCGGUCGUGACCAGACCCCCGACUUGCAGCGGUCUUGACGACUGUGCUUCUGGCAUCGCCUUCAGCCAGGCCCAUGCUGCUGCCGUCCGGAGGCUCCCCACUCCGUGCCGUGUGCCACGCUCCUUGCGGUGCGUAGAGGACACAACUCCCGCUCAUAUGUGUCCCUCUGCCUUGGAGCGCACGGCGUGCAGCCCUGACGGCAAUGGAUUUGUGACGCUUCUUGAGCAGGCCGUGAAGGACAGUGACGGGUAUGCUUUUUACCUGGCUGCGACACUCUUGGAGACACUGUUCGAGCACACGGCUUCCGAGCGCGUCAGGGCAGGAGACUCAAACAGUACUCCUAUACAGUCUUCUGUGCUUGCCCUCGACACACUUGUGCCGGCCACUCCCUUCCAGCAGCUUGUACAUGGGCUCGGGAUCCUGUUACCCACUCCUUUUGGGCCUGUUGAGGAUGCACUCGCCUCCGGUCAGGAUUGGCUCGACUCUGACCUAAGUGAGCUGCUUGCUGAUGCCCAAGUCCCUGCGGAAUGGCGUGCGAAGUUUGGUGCCAUUGUGGACUGGGAAGCUCGUGCCGCUGAGGCUGUCUUGCUCAGCCUCGAGAUUUAUACAGAUGGCUCCGCCGAUGGCGCUGUUGAAGGUCAGUUAGUGGCUCCAUGUGCCUGGGCUUUCUCUGUUUGGGCCGUCACUGACUUUGGUCGGUACCUUGUCGGCUGGGCGGCUCAUGCUGCCGUGCCGGCCGGCACGCCCUUCUGGGUUGGGGAGCAGCACGAAGAUGCCCUUGAGGGUGAGACUCUUGCCUUGGUCUGGGCGCUUGCAUGGGUCCUCGACUGUGGACACAGGUUUCGAGUGCCUAUGUUGAUGCGAUACGACGCUGUUGUAGUUGGCGCCGGUGUCUUUGGGGAUCAACGACCACCUCAACGACAAGGCGAGGCAGCGCCGAGUCAGCUUGUCAAGCUUGCGGUUGCGUUGCGCCAAAGAGCUACUGUGUGGUACAAGCUUGGACAUGAGCAUGUUUCCGGACAUGCGGGAGUUCUCGGCAAUGAGCUCUGUGAUCAGCUGUCCAAACGAGCACGCCGACAAAAAGAAGAUCCAUAUGAUCGACUUCUCCCUUCAUGGCCGGCUCGUCUGCUCAGGCAUCCACUGCUGUCGUGGUCAUGGAUGAUGCACCUUUCCAGUUCGCAGUUGCCGGCGCUUUCCGCUUUGGAGGUUGAGGCCCGUCGGUUGCAGACUCAGUCUCGGCCGGUGCCCGCUGCUCCGGGCAUGGGCGUUCGUGAUGUGCAUACUGCUGCCACGGAUCUAGCUUUUGCCUUUACAGUUGCCACUUACAACGUCCUCACUAUGUUCGAUCCGGGUGCUGCUCACGGCCGUAAGACUAGGGCAGGUUCCUUUGGUAUGCAGAUAGCAGGCAAGCGUGCACUCCUGAAACAACAGAUGAUCGAUAGUGGUGUCUGGGCGCUCGGCCUCCAGGAAACACGACUCCCCACAGAUGCUGUGCUCCCCGACAAAGACCUGCUGAUGCUUAAUGCUGCGGCAGAGGCAAAUGGCAGCUAUGGAUGCUCUUUGUGGUUGAACCUCAAAGUGCCCAUUUGCCGGGCCGGCCGGAAGCCUCGUACUCUGCAUCGUGACCAUGUCGUGGUCACUGGAUACUCGCCACGGCAUCUACAGGCGCAAAUCUGUGCUCCAUGGUGCAAGCUUACCAUUCUUGUGGCCCAUGGACCACGGGUCCUGGGCACAGACUGUACCGCUGCUCGCGACUUCUGGAGCUUGCGCGCAACGGAGCUGGAACAGCGUCCUGACGGCUCUGACGUGAUCCUCUUAGUCGAUGCUAACAGCAGGCUUGGAGAUGUCGAGACGGAAGCUGUCUCUGGACACGAUGCGGAGCCGGAAGGUGAGGCAGGUGCCGUCUUUCAUGAAUUUCUGCUUCGUGUCGGGUGCUGUGUCCCUUCCACUUUUGCUGGGGUCCAUACAGGGUCAUCUUGGACUUGGAUGGCACCCGCGGCUUUCGGGGAAAGCACUCGAAGACGCAUUGAUCAUGUAGGUGUCCCUAUUGCAUGGCAGUCUUUUGAGCUGCAUACUUGGGUCUGGGAUCAGUUGGAGUCCAUGCAGCUACGGGUUGAUCAUAGGCCGGUGUGCCUUUCUGUCAGUUUUGGGCGCAAGGCGGCACCAGCCUUCUACCAGCGUGCUUCACGACGGCCGUGCCGGCCGGUUACUCGACCCACGAGAGAGCAGACUCAGCUUUUCAUUCAACGGCUGUCUGAUGCGCCUAGUAUCUCGUGGCAGUCCGGCCCCGAUGGCCACUUUGCUGAGCUAGUACCGGAUAUGGUGCAGGCCUGUGAAGGUCUAAGUCCUAGUCCAGAUUCUGGGGCGGUUCAGGCCCAUCUUAGUCAGGAAACCCUUGCCCUUGUAAGGGAAAGGGCACAGAUCCGGAGCUACUUGCGGUGUGAGAACGUCGAGCUCCGGCGUCGUCGUCUUAUCAUUGCAUUCGCUGCCUUUGUUGCUGGCACCAGAUCCGUUCCUCUGACAGCUCAUGCCCGGCCUGCAGCGCAUGAUUGGUUACGGCAAAUGGAUCACAGCAUUGCGGCUGCCGCAGCUAGGCUGAAUCGACUUGCCGGGGACCUGCGCCGGGCACUCAAGCUUGAUAGGGUUGCCUAUCUCCAUGGCCUCGUUGAGGAAGUUCAGCUUCAAGACCUUCGAGAUCCCCGGCGCUUGUUUGCCGCUGUUCGGCGAGCCUUUCCCAAGGCGAGGUCGGCCCGACGAUCGGGUUUUACCCCACUUCCAGCCGUCCUAUGUGCGGAUGGCAGCUUUGCACAAACGCCGGCAGACCGAGCUGAGCGGUGGCGAGCGCAUUUUGCUGAACAGGAGGCUGGGCGCUGCAUUGAUGCAGAGGAUUAUGGUGCUUUCUUUGACAACCCGGAUAUUCCUGUUCUGCCUGCCGGCCCAGUCUUUGACUGGCAGUGUCUGCCUACACUUGGGGAUGUUGAGAUGCAGGUUGCAGCCAUGCAUCACAACAAGGCGGCCGGGGCUGAUGGGCUUACUGCGGAGGUCUACCGCCUGUCGCCUGCCAAUUCCGCCUUGUGUAUGUUGCCACUUUUCUUGAAAUCCAGUCUUCAGGUUCAAGAGCCAGUCGAGUGGCGAGGAGGUUGCCUUGUUGCGUUGGCCAAGAAGGCCGCUGCGGCUUUGCGGUGUGAAAAUUUUCGUUCCAUCUUGAUGGCCAGCACAAUGGGCAAGUUGUAUCAUCGGGUUCUACGCGCUAAGCUGCUGCCGAGCCUGGACUCCUUCAAAGGCCCAUUGCAGGCCGGCACUUCUCGUGGUGUCGGUGUGGACACUGUUGCAUUGAUGGUCCGUGCCUUCAUGGGGUUCUUUGUCCAAAAGGCCAAUACAGCUGCAGUUACCUUUUAUGAUGUCAAAGCGGCGUACUAUCGCAUGCUGAGACACACCUUGGUCCCCACCCUCUUCGAUGACAGGCCGCUCUUGGCACUUAUCCAUCGCCUCGGCCUGCCGCCAGCUGCUGUCUGCGAACUGCAGCGACACUUGUCCAAUCUCGCUCUUUUGCCGGCAGCGGGGGUGGGACAACAUGCCACGGCUCUGGUGGCAGACCUUUUCCGCGGCACGUGGUUCAGACUCGAUAAAUCGAGCGUGCUCACGGUUACCUCCCGAGGUAGCCGGCCCGGUGACCCACUUGCUGAUUUGCUAUUCGGCUUCAGUCUGGCGGGAUACCUUCAUGCCAUCGAUCAGGCGCUUGAUCAAAAGGGUUUGAGCACGCAUAUUCCUGCCUGCGGCCAGCGGGCGGAGUGGUAUGAACCACCCACCGACAGCCGUAUCAACCAUGUUGCGUGGGCUGACGAUUAUGCGAACAUGCAAAAGGCCUCCUCCGAGCCUGCCCUACAUGAUGCCAUUGUUGCAGCCGCAACGGUACACUUGGAGCUCGCCACGGCUGUUGGUGUUGAGCUCACCUUUGCAGUCGAUAAGUCUGCGGUUCUCCUGCCUAGCAUGUGCGACAGGUCUGCUGCUCAGCCCUCUCCUCUCAAUCCAAAGGGGCUACCUGGUUAUGCCCUGCGGGAUACUCUCUCCGGCCGAGAGCACUUCCUUCCCGUUGUAGAUGCCUACCGGCAUCUAGGGGGUAUUGUCACAGCGAACUGUGCCUCUGCCACCGAGAUUGCAUUUCGGUACGCACAGGCCUGCUCUGUGCUGCGUCCCCUUCGGAAACAGCUGUUCAGUUCGGCCAGCGUGCCACUCACGCUCCGCAUUCAUCUGCUUCGCUCGCUUGUUCUAUCCCGCUUUGUCUUCGCCAGUUCCAUUACUGACUUGACUUGUGCGGUGCAUCGUAGGACGUGGUGCAAGCAUUAUGUGAGUUUGUGGCGGGCUCUGUACCGACGUCGGGAGAAGGAUGAACACGUGCACAGUUACAGUGUCCUCCUCCAUGCUGGGGCACCAUCCCCGCUCCUUGCACUAGCCAUGGCUCGUGCGGUGUUUUUACGGCGACUCUUCGCCACAGGCCCCGCCCAGCUCAUGCACAUGCUUUUCGUGCACUGGCAACAGCGGCCAGCGGCAUCCUGGCUUUCCAUGUUGGCACUUGAUAUACGUGCUGUCGCGGCCUACAGCGAUGCUGCAGCGGUGCUACUGGUCAUGCCAUGCCCUAUCACCAGCCUGCUGGAAUCUUUCAGAGAUGACGGGGCCUGGUGGCCACAACAGGUUCGUAAGGCGGUCAAGGGCUUCGGACAGGACCUGUUACAAUGGAGCCGGCAGCCUGCGGUCGUGCCGCCGCCUUUGGAACCGAGGGUGCAGGACUUGCCUUUCCGCUGCCGUUGGUGUGAGGCUUCUUUCCGGCUCCACAAACAUGUUGCGGUGCACGAAGCUCGUGCCCAUGGGUCGCUGUCCCCGUCUCGUCAUUUCGCACCGAUGCCUUACUGCCUGGCCUGCCACAAAUGGCUGCAUUCGGUCGUCCGUGUACAGUACCACCUCCGGCAGCAUGCUGACUGCCUUCUCCGUUGUGCCCUGGUUCUUCCGCCCAUGGACUUGAUUGGGGUUCACGAGGCCGAGGCCUAUGAUAAAGCACAGGAGAAGGCUCGAAAGAGAGGGGCUUGGCAGCAGCAUGUGGCGGCGCGGCCACCACUGCAAUGUGCCGGACCACGCCUCCCGUCCUAUGAGGAGGCCCUGGAAGGCUUGCCAGAAUCCGAGAUCACGCUCCAGCGUAUCAAAGCCUUGUACCGUCCAGCACAGCAGGUCCAGGCAUGGAUACACGGUUCGGUCUCGCGACGUGCCAAAGAGGGCCCUAGAACGGGCACCAACGAAUUCUGGCUGGCCCGCCCCAACACCAUGUUUCACACAGAGAAUUCAGUUGCGUAG